AAUUGGACACAAUUACACAUGCGCAGAUCAGGUUGCUGUGUCCGUCUCUCCUCUCUGCGCCUCCUCUGUCCCAGCUCCUCCGCACGUCUCCCUCCUCCCUUUCCCGCCAGUCCUCGGUGCGCAAGCGCGGAUUCAGUAGGAGGACGGAGAACUGCCUGGGCGGUGUGCUUGUGUCUCAGACAGACUACACCGCAUGUCUACCAACUCUCGAAUGAGAGGUUUGUUGAGUCACCUGACCACUGUGGAUACUUCUAGAACUUAAAUAUCAGCUGACAGAUGAAAUGGCUUACAUGUCUUUGUGUCAAAAGCGUGAUUUAAAAAUGGACUUCACAAUCUUGAAUGUCAGUUGCGUUCCUGGUGAGGUGCUGGUGAAAUUUCAAGGAAGAUACAUGUCCAGCUAUGAACAUGACUACCACAUACUAAAAACAGAGUUACAACUUGUUUCUAAAGUGAACGAGGACCUUGAUAUCGGAGAGUUUUGCUUGGUGCAAGAUAAACCUCUUGGGUUAUGGCACAGAGGGAAAAUUUUGGAUAAAGUGAAGCAGAAGUUUGAAGUAGUCCUCAUAGACCAAGGAAGCACUGUAAAAGUUGAUUUGCAACAAAUUGCUUCCGCUACUGGAGAGUUGUUUACACUUCCACCCAAAGUAGUGAAUGGAAUCUUCUCAAAUAUACUUCCGCUGGGUGAGAAGUGGUCUCCCAGAUCAAGAAACUUCUUUUCCUCCUUGGUUGGAGAACAGCAUAAUGGACAUGUCAAAACCUUCUUACCCCAUCAAGUCAUUCUCUUGGAGGUGCCAAAAAUCAUUAACAAUGCCAUUGAACUAGAUGUCGCUAAAUAUAUAGAUUCUGACACCUUCUGCUUGCUUGUUGAGCUCAUUCACAAAUUACCAGCAAAUUCACACGGUAAGCAAAUGCCUGACUUGCUUCAGCAGAAGAAGUUGACCUCGGACAUUCCUCUGAGCUUGAAUGCUAAAGACCUACGUUUUCAGAAAGUGCUGGAUCAUCUAAAGCCUGCCAUUUCUGUCGGAGUUAUGGAAAAAAUAAAAAUUUCUUCAGCGAUGAGUCCAGAUCGCUUUUAUUGUCAAAUUCUCUCGUGGGAAGCAAAGUUGCGUACAUUGACCACUAGAAUGUGUUCAUACUAUGAAUCUCUUAAAACUGAAGAAAUCUCUGGAAACUAUGGAAUGCUUUGUGCUGCCAAGAGAAAAGAUGGACUGUGGUAUAGGUGCAUUAUCCAGACACUUCUAUCUUGUAAUGAGAUAAAAGUAUUUUUUUUUGACAUUGGCAGCAGUGAAACUAUAGUGUCCGCAGACCUUCAUCAGUUAAAGAAAGAGUUUCUGAUCUUGCCUAUGUUGUCCCUGCCAUGUGCCUUAUCUAGGGUAAAUUACCACACAGAAAGUGCAAAAAACAUGCAGUUAUUGUUGUUUAAGCGGGCUGUUAUAGGACAAAUCGUAAUUGCUUACAUUGAUGAGUUUUGCAGUGAAGAAAAAGUUUUUAGCAUAUCCUUAUAUGAAAAGGAAUAUGAACUGCAUUCUGACUGUCAUCUGACAAACCAGCAAGUUCCAAUGUUCUCGCCAAACUCUCUUACCAUGAUUGUGAAUUCGGAAUAUGAGGGGAGUUCAGACUCGACUCAGCCGGAAGCUUCUGUAUCCAAAGAAAUAGAUGGCGAAGAAGUUAUUUCGGUGAACUCCUUACAAAUGGAACCAGACUCAAUCCAUGUGGCAUAUGUUGAAUACGUACUGAACCCUUCAAACUUUUGGAUAAGGACUGAUGCAUACCAAGUGGAGUUUAAUACCAUGAUGGCAGAGAUAGCAGAACAAUACAAUAAAUGUGAACUCAUGGAAAUGGUAAUAGACGAUCCCAAACCUGGUCAACUUUGCUGUGCACUGUAUGCAAAAGAUGGUCAUUAUUACAGGGCUGUGAUCACUAAAGUGCAUAACCCGGAAAUUUCAGUUUAUUUCAUUGACUUUGGAAAUACAGAGACUGUUUCCUUCUAUGAAGUCAAAGUUUUGUUGCCAAAGUUCAGUACUUUGCCUGCCCUGGCAAUGGGCUGCACUCUAGCAUACGCAUUUCCCCAAGAUGAUGUGUGGGUAAAGAGUGCAAAUGAUGCCUUUAAAGAAAUUGUGAACGGGAAACCUCUUCUUUGCCAUGUUCUUGCAAAACGCAAGUUCCAAUACGUGGUGGAAAUGCGUCCUUUUGAGAGCUCUGAAGGUUCUGAUAUUGUGUCUCUUUUGGUGAAAGCUGGCCAUGCAGAGUUUUGGAAGGUUGAUUUAAAUUCCGGAUCUGUCGAUCAAGCUUGUCAAUUGCCAAAAAGUACAAAAUGUAAGGACCAAAACACUAAUGGCAAAAAAUCUGCUAUUGCGGGGCGUAGAAACAAAGGUGAUAUAGAGGUUUCAUUACGUGAGUGUAAAAUGAAGACACAAACAAAAGUGAAAAAUCUUUCCUUUAGUGAACUAUCGCAUAGCGCAAGUUCACAUAUUUCUCGAGUUGUCUUCAAGCAAUAUAUAUUUAAGCCUGGGGCUGUUAUGUUUGUCAAGUGUUCUCAUGUGGAGUCGCCAGGAUGUUUUUGGUGCCAACUGUCCUGCAACCUUACUGCUCUAGAUAACUUGAUGGAUGAACUGCAAACUUUCUAUACCUCUUGCAACAGCAGAUAUAAAAAUGGACAAAUGGCUUGUGUUGCAAGGUCACCAAAUACUGGGAAGUAUUACAGAGCUUCUGUUGUGAACCAGGUCUCUAGAAAUGAAGUCGAUGUGGUCUUUGUUGACUACGGGAGAGUGGAGAGAGUGUUGUCUUCAGAGCUUAGAGAAAUUAAACCCCAAUUUCUUCAGUGGGAAGGUCAGGCUUUUCGCUGUUGUUUGAGUGAGGUGGUAUCUUCUUUCAGCACUCCUCACGCAUGGUCUGCUAGUGCUUGCAAGGACUUUACGAAUUUUAUAGAGUCUGCCACUAACCUCAAAAGUAUUGUCAUCACUCUGUUCAGUCAUGGCACGGAUGCCCUCUAUAAUGCAGUAGAACUGGAAUAUCCCUUUUCUGAAAACCAUUGGAAAAAUAGUAAAGGGCAGCUUAUCUGUAAAGACACAAUUCCAUCUGUUCAUCUGCAUACGUUUUGUUACUCCACGUUUGACCUUGAGGUGGGAACCAAAGAAAACAUUUACAUUACCUUCAUACACAAUACAGGGAAAUUUUACUGCCAUCUUGCAAAAAACGAAAACGCGGUUGACGUGUUAAUGAGCAAGGUGUCUGAUUUAGGCAAGAAGAUAAAUCCUGAAACAGGAGAAAAAUUAGAGGAAUUGUAUAUUGUUAAAUACACUGAAGAUGGGGAUUUUUACAGAGCAUUAGUGCAUGCUGUGGACUCGGACCAUGUCCUGGCCUUUUUUGUAGACUUUGGGGACAGCCACUUAGUAAAGAAAAAUGAAUUAUUGCCUAUACCUGAGGAAGCUGCAGAUGUUUUGUUUGAGCCUAUGCAAGCUAUUCCAUGUUACCUGUCAGGCUUAAAAGACUCCACAUUUACCACAGAGGCCAACGAUUGGUUUGAAGAGCAUAGUGACAAACCUCUCAGUGCUACUGUAGUGUCCAUAGACGAGGAAGGACAACUGGAAUUGGACUUGAUUUGUGGAACUAUCUCUGUAAAUGGUAAAAUAAAAGAAAUAUUGGGGGUACAGCCAGCGGUGUCAAAGAAUGUAUUGAGUGUGGAGGGUAGUAGCGCUGCCCUUCCAAUUUCUGCAAAAAAACACACUCUACAAGAUGUGAGCAAAGGAUCUGAUUCUCCUGGCAAAGACAAAAAAACAAAAAUUUCUGAUUUGAAUGGAAAUGCUAUUGCAGGAGUAAAUUUUAGAUUUCCUUUACUUAGUUCUCAGAAUUCUACGUGUAAUUCAUUUCAAAAUGAGCCUGUGCAUGAAACUGUGCAGGCAUCAAAGUUGCCAAGUUCACCACAAUCUCAGAAUUCCCUCAGUCCACCAAGUCUUAAAAAGCCUUUAAAAUCAACUGAUCUCCCUCAAAAUAUUCCAGAAACUGGCUCCACUCAUCUUGUGUAUGCUUCUUCCAUAUCCAGCCCUUCUGAGUUCUACAUACAGCUAGCUGAAUACGAGAAACAAGUAUUGCAACUAGAGGAAGAACUAAAUGCCAUGUCUUUCCAACCUAUUGAAGAGCAUCUUGAGGAAGGGGAUUUAGUUGUUGCUCAGUAUCUAGAUGACAAAGCUUUUUAUAGAGCAGAGGUUAAAAACAUUUUGAAAGGCAAUUCUUUUGAAGUGGAGUUUAUUGAUUAUGGCAAUACAGCCAAAGUGGAUUUUUCUUCAAUUUUCAAACUCCCUGACAUUUUUUUUAAAGCACCCAGGUUAAGCAUUCCAGUUUUCCUAACUGGUGUUCAUAAAUGUCAAAAUGGUGACUGGAGUAAAAAUGUGGUGGACAAGUUUUCUGAAAAAAUUACAAAUGAAUCACUCAGUUGUGUUUUUCUUUGCAGACAUGACCGUCAGUGGGAAGUCAGUAUGACCUUAAAAGGGGAGUCUGUAACAGAGUUUUUUCAAAGCACAGGGGCUUCUCCAGAAUCCUCUUCCUUGGAUAACAAAUACACUAUUCCAAGAUCAGACAUGGCCUUGAAAUCCAAUCAGAUUGAAAAAGUGGAAAAUGUUUACCUGUUAAACAGUGGACUACUUUUUGUUACCUUGGCCAGGUAUACAGAAGAAUCCAAAAUUAGUGAGCAGAUUUCAGCAGCUGUCAAACAGGCUGACAACCGUCUCAUGGCAAAAGACAUCUCUGAAGGGAUGGUGUGUUUGGUGAAAUCUGAGAGAAUGCAAACUUGGUUUCGUGCAAAUGUUGAAAAAAUCUUUUUAAGAACAACAGAGAUGUCAGUGUUCUUUGUGGACCAUGGUGCUCGUGAAAUAAUAAGUAUGCACAAUGCAAAAUCACUUCCUGCUAUAGCACUAUCUCUGCCUCAUCAGGCUAUUCCAUGCAAAUGGAUUUGGAUGGAAAAGAUUGGGGUCGCUUUCUUUCAAUCACAAAUGCAGUCUAUUCUGCAAAAGGAGCUGCACAUCCUGUUUCUUACAUUUUUGGAGACUGAGAGCUGCUGGAAAGUGGAUGUAUUGAUUGAGGAUGUAAUGCUGAUGGAGCACUUUAAUACUACGUCACAACAAAUUAUGCAGAAAAUAAGCAAUUCCGUGUCUAGCUUUCAUUUUGAAACAGAAAGUUUGCUAUCUUCUAUACCAAAGGGUUCACUCGGAUGUUUAGAAUUGCAUGCUGGAUUUGUUGUUACCUUUCAGACCCCCAAUUCUUUCUGUGUCCAGCUAGAAAACUCAAUUUUUUCAAUGAACAAGUUAUCCAAACUACUUAAAGAACUGACAAAUAACCUCUUGCCCUUUACUGGUGAUUUGGUAAGGCUUGGUUCUGCUUGCCUGGUUGAGUGCUUUGAAGAAAAUGUGUGGUGCAGAGCCGAAAUAGCUAGCAUCAACAUGAGCUCUAUUUUGCUGAAUCUUGUAGACUAUGGAAUCUACAAGUCCAUUCCUUAUUCAGACUACAGCAAACUCAAGGUCAUUUUAAAAGAAAUUGCUAGUUUGCCUGCCCUCACCUAUCACUGCAAGCUUCAUGGCGUUCUUCCCAAAAACAAAGACCAUUGGCCUGCAGAUGCAAUUAGGUAUUGCAUGGAUUUUAUUCGGGCUCGUGAUUUGCUCAUUUUGCCUAUUAAAGAUGACACCAGUGUUACAGAAGUAUUUAUUUAUGGUAACGGAAAUUUGACUGAAAAAUUAAUUGUCAAGGGACUGGCCACUGACGCAAGAAACAAUGGAUGUUUUCUGGAAUCACAAGUGGAGUCCAUUAUAACAAACUAAGUGCCACCUCCAAGGUCUGCCAUAUGGGAGUUGGCGGCAAUGGAAUCAACUAAGGCUGUAAGUAGCAAGAAGAAUGUGACCUUUGACGUCCCUACUUGGUGGAUUUCCUAUGGACUAAAUGCUAUGAUAUUAACGUUUAACAAAAAGGGGCUGGUUUGAGUUAUGCUUAAGCCCUGGUUCUCAUUGUACAAAGCAUGUGAAUCGCACAGGAACUGCACUGAAUUCCUGUGCAUUUUGAGCCUAUUUCUUUUUAAUGUUUACGUCUGUCAUGUUCAAAUUGUUAUAUAGAAACCAGCCAGAUUCCAAUUUUUUUUUUUUUUUUUUUUUUUUCCAAUGAAGGUAUGAAAAUGGUGAAUUGAAUAAAAGUGGUUGCUCUGGCGUUAAAAUACUUGCGAGUCCAUUGUGUUAAGUUGUUGUGCAUGUACACUAAAGUGUUACCCCAGCGUUUCAUAUUCCUGAUGUCUUCUGUAAUAUGUAAUUGUAUGGAAAAAGUAUCCUGCUCUUUUGUAUGCUUAAUUUGUGUGAAAUCCCUGGUGUCCCUGCCGUCCCUCUGCUUGUCUAUUUAAAAAUGCCUAUUAAACUGUCCUCACUA